UGUCACUGACUCAGUGCUGAUACAACCACGGUCACAGUCUGUCGGUACGUCGCGGCACGGUAUACAAUUAUCAAACACCUAACGAACCUUAAAACGAACGAACUAUAAGAUAUUUAUUAUAGCAGAUUUAAUUUAUGAUCUAUGAUAAACAUUGGUGCUUAAGUGUUGUUUUAUCUCAUACUUUUUAAGUGUGAGAUAGUAGAUAGAAGUUAAGUGUAUGUGAGUGUACCUGGUGUUCGUAGUCCCGUUGGCCGGUUGAAGUGAGUUACAUAUAUCCUUAUAUUUGUAUGCUGUGAAUAAUAUUGGCUAGAAUGUGGAUUAUGACGACCGACAGACACAAGGAUUCCAGCAUUAAUACUUUGGGAUGACAGUGUGAGCUCAUAAUGUCGCAAUCAGCGCUGGGUUUGGGCGGCGAGAGGCGCUACUCGGUGCCCUCCAACCCUCUGAUGCACGACCCGCGCGGCAUGCAUUCGGAGGACCUGCACGCCUGGUCUAUUUACAGGCAAAACUUAAAUUCAGACUUCACAGACAGUGCUCUGGGUAGCACCGACAAGAGCCCCCUGCCAUAUGGAAACUUCCAACUCCGUGAUACUACUGUGCAGUCGAUAUUAUCCCACCCUCGAUAUGGACCCAAAUCAGCGUUGGGUUCCAAUAUGUAUACAUACCUCAAAUUUGGUUUGCCACGAGUUUUCCCGCCGAACCAUAAUGGCUCGCAGAGAUCCGGCACUCCCAAGCCAAAGACUUCUAUUGGAAGUGGGAUGAAGUCAGUGCCUCGGAUCCAGCGCCAAACCAGAGGUGUUCGGGAGACGUCAUCAGGCUAUGACAGUUCAGACAACGAAACCUCCACUAAUUACAAGUACAAUCGGAAAUAUCGCUCCGAUCCUGACUUCAGGAUGCAAAAUAUGCAACAGUCGUACCAACAUGCAACCGGCGUGCCAUUAGUAGCGAUGCACCAAGCCGGCAUCCAGUCGCAGUGGGGCUCGCGGCACAAGUCGGUGAGCGAGGCGAACCUGCUCGGCAUCGACGCGCGCACGCAUCGCUCCUACCGGCGCAGCAGCGUGGCCGAGCUAGCGGACGACCACCAGAGCUAUAUGAUGCCGUCAUCACACUUGGGCGGUCGGAUGUCCAAGGCCGGCAGUCACAUGUCUCUCGCACAAUCUAGGAAACAUUCCACUCUAAGACCUGGAGAUCAUCUCGAUGGGUAUACGCAUUCAGCGUAUAUUUAUCCUAAUUAUUACGUAAACAGCCUUGAAAUAACGUCACCUGAGAACAAAUCAACGCUUUUAGUUUCGGGUUUGAGCUUUGAGGUGAAAUCUGGUGAGAUUCUGGCAGUACUGGCGACCUCGCAGCAUGAAGCUACGGGUCUUUUGGAUGUUCUGGCUGGUGCUAGGAAGAAGCUAUCCGGGGACAUAAUCCUGAACGGGCAGGCGGUGUCGCCACGCACGCUGCGCAAGGUGGCGGCGUACGUGCGGCGCGACGCCGCGCUCAGCCCCGCCAUGUCGGUGGAGCACACGCUGCGCUUCCACGCCGCGCUGCGCACGCCGCGCCGCGCCGCGCACCUCAAGAUGGACGAGCGGGAUCGGAUAAACCUUCUAAUCGACGAAUUAGGACUCGAACAAGUGAGAGACACAAAUGUCUCCCGUCUCACUCGCUCAGAGAUCCGUCGCUUGAACGUAGCGUGCCAACUGCUCCUAGACAUGGCAGUGCUAAUCCUAGACCAGCCUACUAAGGAAAUGGAUAUAUUUGAUACGUUUUUCCUUGUGGAGUAUUUGAAGAACUGGGCGAGCACCGGCCGUGUGGUCAUCAUGUCGUUACACCCACCCACCUAUGAGAUAUUUGCUAUGCUGACUAAGGUUGUGUUAAUCUCAGCGGGUCGCACGAUGUUCAGCGGUUACCGGAGGGAUAUGUUGCCAUAUUUCGCUUCGAUAGAUUAUCCCUGCCCUGCCUUCAAAAACCCUUCGGAUUAUUAUUUGGACCUGGUGACGCUGGACGACCUGUCGGCGGCGGCCAUGCUGGAGUCGUCGGGGCGCAUCGAGGCGCUGGCGGGCGUGUUCGCGAGCGCGCACGCGGCGCCCGAGCCGCCGCCGCCCGUGCCGCUGCCCGCGCCCGCCGCCGCGCCCGCCGCGCUGCUGCAGGCCUUCGCUUUGUUGGAAAAGAGUAUGCUGUACACACAAAUGACAACCCUAUCCAAUGUGAUCACUCGAGUGUUGCUAGCGGCCAUCAUGUCGCUCGUCACCGGGACUAUCUUCUGGGACCUACCGAGUACAGAUCCUAAGUUAACACACAACGACCGCAUCGGCUACCACUACUCGGUGCUGUGCGUGUGCGCGUGGCCGCUGCUGCUGUGGCAGAGCGCGCGCGAGGCGGCCGCCGCGCGCCGCCACGUCGAGCGCGACAUCGCCGUCGGCUUGUACUCGCGGACUGUCUUUAUAUUGUUUGAUCAAUUUUUAGAAGUGUGGUCAGCUAUACUAACCUGGCUCGCGUACUUGGUGCCAAGUUACGCGAUGUCCGGUUUAUAUGCGCAGGCGCCUGGAUCGUUCGACGGCUUCUACGUUUAUUUAGGUUACACGGUGCUAUAUCUCAUCUGCAUACAAAUGCUCUGUCGAGCUGCAGUCUUCGUAAUACCAAUGGAGAAGACAGCUUCAAUUAUAUCCGGGUUAUGCCUCCUUCUUAGUACCCUUGCGAAUGGAGUUAUGCUCCAGGACCAAGACAUGAGCGUGUAUACAAAAUGGCUGCUAUAUGUCUCACCUUCGAGAUGGGUGAUGCCAGAAAUAUUGAGGCGGGAACUGAGUGAGACCGCCUUGAGAAGCAGUAUUAGUAAAGAUUUGAGGUGUACUAAUAAACAGAGGCAACAUUUAGAUAUAAUAGUACAAUCGCCGUGUCCUCCACCAAACGGCACCCAGGUUCUGUCGAACUACGACUAUUUGCGGUCGGACCGGAUUUGGGAACAAAACGAAGACAGUUUCCUCAUCGCUUUAGCAAUAUUCUAUGCGGUUUUCGCUCUAGUCGCCAUCUUUGCGUUUGUAUUCGAUUGCACUAAGUAUGCGAAAACGAAGGAACGGUCUUCUAUGAAAGGUCACAAAGUAACUGUCAAUACGCCCUAGGACUUAGAGAUUGUGAAGAGUGAUUUUGUUUUGAAUGAACUAAAUAGAUUAGAAUAUUAGACGUUUUAAUAUAGAUGAAUCGUUGAAGCCUUAAUAUCUAAUUUUUAUCCACUUCGUUAAAAUUUCUCUGAUACUUUUGAUGAUAUUGUUUAGUAAAUUUUGCUGAUUAAGGUUGGCUCAAGUGUCAUAGAUUAAAUAUUUGUGUUGAUAAUUUGUUAUAUAUGCUAAAACCUAAAAUAGAUGAAAUGGUGCACCUGUAUCUAGUGGUGCUAUUUGGUACUCUUUGAUUUGUGCUAUCAUUAAUUUUUAGUUAUUGUCAUAACGUUGUCUAAGGUCCUAAGUCUAUGGUUGUCUAUGGAAGUUAUCUAUGUAUUCUGAAAUUGUUGUUCAUAUAGUGAUGAUGAAUUUUUAAUACCUAUUGAUCUUUAACCCACCCACAAAACACUAUUUUGUGGGUUUCAUAUUUGAUUAAAGCACUUAAAAAUGUUACGAUACCUUUUUUCAUUCUGUUUUAUAAAAAAAGAAUAACUGAUAUGAAUUAUUGUAAGUGCUCCUUUCGCUUGCUUGUCUGCGUAUUGUACUAUAGAUGUAUAAUCAGAGAAGGGGGAAUGAAAAUGUAUAAUUGGAAAAAAAGUACUUUCAAAACAUGUUUCUUGUGUCGUAAUCGGAUAUAUACCCAUUAAUUGAUUUAAUUUUAAAUGUGUAUUAUUUCUAUUAUAUCAACAUAUCUAAUUAGUAUUACUAAUAAAUACAAUCAUAUUUUAUUUAGCGUGAGAAUCGAUGUACAAAUGUUAGUUAAAAUCUACCAAUUAAUUAUAAUAAUGAAGGCUGAAUAUAAUAAUGUCUUCCGUCCUUAAUAAAUUGUGUGUAAGUUAUUUUUAAUAAGUGUAUAAAAUUGUACAAUAAUGAAUGGUGUCUACUUGAAUCUUAUCACAAGUGAUUAUUUUGCUGCAUUUUCUUUUAAAAUAUUUUUUUGCUAUUCAAUGCAUGCGCAAAGGACUUUUUAAAUAUACACUGCCUUUGAAUGCUCAAUGUAUGCCUUUACAUAAAAAUAUACAAUUGUAAUCUUAUUCAAUUCUAAUAUGAUAACCUUAAAUUUUUAAUACAAGCCAUAAUGUAGAAAAAAUAAUUUUACGUUACCUCUAUAUUUCGAAUUCGUAUCUAGUAAAAUAAACAGUG